CUAAAUUUUUUGACAUCUUGAACCAGAAAAGUGCAACUCAACUCAUUACAAUCGCACGGAAAACGAUCGAAUUUUGUGUUUUAGAAAGUUUACUAUAACUUGUUAAUUUGUGUUUUUUGUAACAAUUUCUCAGUUUUAGUUGAAAAUUAGUUGUUACCCGAGGAUACGAAGAGCUGCGCUCCGCACUGCACUGGACAAAUAAUGAUAAAAGCGAUUCUUGUGUUCAACAACCAUGGAAAACCGAGACUGUCCAAGUUUUAUCAGUAUUUUACUGAAGAUAUGCAGCAGCAAAUUAUAAAGGAAACCUUCCAGCUGGUCUCGAAGCGAGAUGAUAACGUGUGCAAUUUUCUCGAAGGCGGAAGUCUCAUCGGUGGAUCAGACUAUAAACUCAUUUAUCGGCAUUAUGCCACGCUGUAUUUUGUGUUCUGCGUGGAUUCCUCCGAGAGCGAGCUGGGCAUUCUGGAUCUGAUUCAGGUGUUCGUCGAAACUCUGGACAAGUGCUUCGAGAAUGUUUGCGAAUUAGAUCUGAUAUUUCACGCUGAUGCGGUGCACUAUAUACUGUCCGAGCUGGUUAUGGGUGGAAUGGUUCUGCAGACCAACAUGACAGAUAUACUGGCCCGAAUCGACGAGCAGAAUAAACUGCAGAAACAGGAAGCGGGUCUGUCGGCGGCUCCGGCCCGUGCCGUCAGUGCUGUCAAAAGUAUGAAUCUACCGCAGCAAAUAAAGGACAUCAAAUUACCUGAUCUUCCACAAGCGAUUAAGGAUUUGAAAUUCUGACCAAACACUAACUUCGACACGUCAUUACUCACCAAAAUCGCCUCCGACUCGUCCUACAUUCCGAUAACUAAUAAUAAUGCUGGCAGCAGUACCAUCACCAAUCUCACCAAUUCUACCGGUAGCGCCAGUGAUACCAGUACCAACCACUCCAUCACGGGAACCGCUGUCGUAGUUUCGGAGCCAUUCAGUUUUGACUCGUACCAAUCCGAAACGCCGUUGGCCAAGAGUCGCCUGCCGUCAACCAACAAAGGCGGACGAAGAAAGACGAAACACCAUCGCAAUGACCGAGAAGGUAACGGAAAUGGUCACCAGCCCGCCGACAGAUGGCAGUAUGAGAUGGUGUGAACUACUUACCCCCAUUCAAGGCUUGAUUUAACUCUAAAUCCUUUCUUCGCUGUGGUGCUACCUAGGCUUGCGAAUCUCCACGCUAUCUGCGCGAAUGAUUUGUAUGGCAUGCUACCGGUACUGCUGAUUACUGACUGUAUUUCACCAUUCAUGUGUAGAAUGAUUUCCAAGAUAUCGGAAGAUCUUUAGAAGACUUACAGUGUUGAUUGUCGGAUGUAUGGUUAAGUUAUAAAUACUAUGCAAAAAUAUAAUUUUCUAAAUCAG